AUGUCAUUCUUGGGUAGUUCGUCAACAGGAACAUCGACCACAGCCACAUCAAGUGCUGUUACUGGUCAAGAAUUAUUAAAUGAUAUAACCAUAAAUAACCCACCGGAAGAUUCAAUUGAAGAUAUUUCAUUCUCACCACAACAAGAUUUGUUAGCUGUAGCAAGUUGGGAUAAAAAAGUUCGAAUUUAUGAAAUUGAUCCUAAUUCAGGAAAUAAUAUGGGUCGAGCAAUGUAUGAACAUGAAGCUCCAGUUUUCAGUUCUCGAUGGUCUAUUGAUGGGACGAAAAUUAUAUCAGGUGGUGCCGACAAUCAAGUGAAAAUAUUUGAUUUGGCAACCCAGCAAGCCCAACAAAUUGGACAACAUGAUUCUGCCGUUAAAUCAGUUAGAUACGUUGAAUGUGGUCCAACAAAUACUCAAGUUGUUGCUAGUGGAUCAUGGGAUAAAACAUUAAAAUACUGGGAUAUGAGAUCACCUCAACCUGUUUCAACAAUCAAUUUACCAGAAAGAGUUUAUUCGAUGGAUAAUUCUCAGAAAUUAUUAGUUGUUGGAUGUGCUGAUAGACAUAUUAGUAUAAUUGAUUUGAAUAACCCUCAACAAAUUUUCAAAAGUUCACAAUCACCCUUGAAAUGGCAAACUCGUUGUGUUUCAUGUUAUCCUCAAGCAAAUGGAUUUGCUGUUGGAUCUAUUGAAGGAAGAUGUGCCAUACAAUACAUUACAGAAAAUGAACAGAAAAAAUUUGGAUUUUCAUUUAAAUGUCAUAGAAAAUCCGGUGGUAAUACUACUGGUACCACUAAUACUACUGGUGGUGCAGGUGCAGGCUUAAGAACCACAAGUAGUUCUAAUGCCAAUGAAUCUCAUGCAUAUUCAGUCAAUGCCAUCUCAUUCCAUCCUAUAUAUGGUACAUUCAGUACUGCUGGAUCAGAUGGUACAUUUUGCUUUUGGGAUAAAGAUGCUAAGCAACGAUUAAAAUCGUUUCCUGAAUUGCCAGGGGCAAUAUCUGCCACUGCAUUUAAUAAAACUGGUACUAUAUUUGCCUAUGCGAUUAGUUAUGAUUGGUCAUUGGGAUAUAUGGGUAAUAGACAAGAUUAUCCAAAUAUCAUCAAACUACAUGCAACCAAAGAUUUAGAAAUAAAACAAAAGAAUAAAAGGUGA